UGGUACCUUAAUAGUCAAUAGAAUUAAAAUAAAACUAUCUUUGAAGUAUAUUAUUAGUGGUGGUUUAUAAAAGUUUCUAAUUAAAAAUUAGUGUUAAUAUACUAUAAUACUAUAAUGUUUAUAUAAUUUUUGCUUACUAUAUUUAAAUAUCUAAUAAGAUGGCUUUUUACUCGUGUAAUCGAUACAGAUUGUUAGUUUUGAUAAUGAUAGCGCUGAUAAUUUGGCAGUGCUUUCGUUUACUACCAUCUGAAAAACCCAGCCACCAGUUAUUAGACAGUAGUAUAGUAGAACUAGAAGAUGAUAAGUACAAUAAACAUAAGCAAGAUAAAGUUAAAAUAAGAGUGUAUUAUGAAGCACUCUGUCCUGAUUCUAAACAUUUUUUCAAAAGGCACUUACUGCCUGUGACAGAGAAGCUGUCUGAAUUUAUAGAUGUAACUUUGGUUCCUUAUGGGAAAGCUACUACCAAAGAAGAAAAUGGGCAAUUCUAUUUUAAGUGUCAACAUGGUGAGGAAGAAUGCUAUGCAAAUAAAAUACAUGCUUGUGCUAUUGAUUCUUUAAAUAACAUGACGGCCUCUGUCAUGAUGACAGAGUGUAUGAUAUUGGAUAAUAUGGAUGCAGAUGAGGCUCUAUCGCGGUGUGCAAAAGUUAUGAAAAUUGAUCCAGAUCCAAUUACUAACUGUGCAGUUCAUGCGCAUGGAUCAGCUUUGCUCAAGAAACAUGGUGAUGACACAAAUAUAUUAAAACCAACAUUCAUUCCUACAAUUACAUUGAAUGGAUCAAAAGAUAAUCAAAUACCUAUCUUGAAGAAUUUUCUUUUAGAAGUGUGCAAAUUGAUUAAUAUGCCCUUACCUCCGCCAUGCUUGUGACAUUUUAAACAGAAAAUUAAACAUAUUUUACUGUUUAAACCAAAACCUAUUACAUAAUAUUUGGUAGAUUGUUCUUAACUGAAAUUGCUCAGACUUUAACUCCUUGUAUUGUAAAUCUACAACAUAUGUCAUAUAGAACCAGACAUAUUAUAUACAUAUAUAUACAUAGUAAUCACCCAAACUUCCUUUUUUUACUUAGCUUUUUUUAAGUAGCCUUUGAUAUUAUUAUACAACAAAAUGAGAUAGAUUUACUAUAAACUUAUAUUAUAGCAUAUUCAGUUUGAUAUGUUUGUCUAAUCGUUUUGUUUGUUCAAUCUUCUCUGAAGUCAAAGGUCUCAUUUAAUAUCUAGAUUGACCUGUGCAUUACACUAUACUUAGUCAAUUAAGAUAUUUCCUUUUAUUUAUCAACUACCGAAAGGUACCUAUAUAUGUAUUUUUGUUAUGUAUGUUCAAGUACAAUUUUUUUUUUUAUAAAUGGGUUUUGUUGACACUUUUUGCAUUGUGUUCAAUAUAGCCCGAAGGUGGUCACAAUUUCAUUGGCAUUGGAUAUUGUUAUAAUUUUAAUUAAAACGUACAGACAAAUUUUAAAGUAGGUUUUUUAAUCUAUUUAAGGAUAAUACAAAAUUAAUAUAGACUAAAAUGGUAAAUAUGAAUAGAGAUAAGAAUCAAGAAAAAUAGGGUGAUUAAUGGGUGGUUACAUUUGCAUAUUUAAAAUUAUGUAUAUUCAAAUAUUAGGUUUUUAUACCCUAAUAUUAAAUAUGCCAUUAUGUUUAUUUUUAAUAAGUUACUAAUAUUAAUGUAUUUUUUAAAUUUUAUUGCAUUUACCAAAUUGUUUUAUAUUUAUGAAAUUUUCCAACAAUGUUACUCAAUUAUGAAAGACAAAUUUAUUUUUAAAUGUCACAAACCUAUUUUGCAAUGUUAGUUAUU